UUUGUUAAAACUUUUGCAUUUUUCUUCAUAAAUACCCGCAUUUGUUAAAAAAUAAAUCGACAUGGCAUCCAGUGAAGGUACAAAUAAGCCAGAACAAAUUAAUUUGGCCAGUUUGAGUUUAGAACAAUUGGUACAAAUCAAACAAGAAUUUGAGCAGGAAAUCAAUGGCAUCCAAGAAUCCCUACAGACAUUGUAUGAUUGCAAAGCCAAAUAUGCCAGCUCCAAGGAAGCCUUAGAAUCAUUCCAACCCGAAUGGAAUGAUCGUCAAGUUUUGGUACCACUUACCAGCAGUAUGUAUGUGCCCGGCCGUAUCAAGGAUAUGGAUAAUUUUGUCAUUGACGUCGGUACUGGCUAUUAUGUGGAGAAGAACUUGGAAGGCUCUAAAGACUAUUUCAAACGUCGUGUCGAAUAUGUUCAAGAACAAAUUGAGAAAAUCGAAAAAAUACAAAUUCAAAAGAGCCGUUUCUUGAGUGCUGUAGUCGGUGUAAUUGAAAUGAAACAAUUGGCAGCCAUGAAACAAAUGCAACAACAGCAGCAGACUGCUUAAAU